GAUCCCGAGCCCCUCGUAGUUAUCAAUUAUAUCGAUCCCAGAACUUGACUAAUACUUUGUUUUAUCGACCCUGGAGGAAUAACAGACCAAGUUAACUUCAGCGAGAUAUGAAUAGAAAACAUAAAAAGCUGUAACUAAACAUCACAAAGUAUUUUGACCGACGACCUCACCAUUCUGCCAAUUCAUUGUCCUGAUAUUAAUUCUUUCCUUAUAUUAUUGUCUCCAGUGUCCAUUCAUUCACACAAUAAGGGAUCGCCUUAUGUACUUUCAUAACUGAGGGAUCGGAUCGCCUUAUGUACUUUCACUAUAAUGCCCAGUUGAUAAAAAUAAAAACAAAAACAAAACAAAUAGUAGUUAUUUGGAAAUCUGUCACAAGAGGAUAAAAAUUAUGUAAACACCGGUAGAGAGAGUCAGUGUAAACAAAACUUCACAGCGAUCUGAAGAGUGUAGCUGAUACGAAAUUUCUAAAAAAAACUACAGCUAUGUCUGAACUGAGUCAGUUUGUCAAUAUUCAGCACAGUUGGCUGUCAGAGCAAGAUGUUGUUGACAAUGCUGAAGUACAUGAUGGAGCUGAAGAUGACAGUUAUAUACAAAAGAGGGAUUUGCUGGAAACCUCCGCAGAUAACAGGAUAAUUAAAAUUGACAAGCCUAACGAAGACCAAUGUAGGUUCGAAAUUCAAUGCAAGCUUGGUGUUGGUUUGUUUGAGAUCUGUAUUUGUUGUAAUGUAUCCCAGUUUGAAGUUUAUGAUGAAACAGAAGGUUACCUACUCACCAGAAAGGGAAACCCUGCCUCAAAUGGUCUGUUAUAUUCUACCAUUUCAUUUAAAAAACCAAGGACUUCUAUCUCUAUCAAGUGUGUUGGAAUUACUGGUCAGUUUCAGAUGAAAGGGAUUUUACUGAGGGUUGAGAAAAUAACAAAACCCCUAUCUGGUUAUGGACUUCUUAAUGUGUCCACAUUAAGGGACAUUAUUUCAGAACUUGGUCCUGAGACUUCUGAAAGAGCUCGGUCUAUCCUCAAUAAUAUUGAAACUUACCAAAAGAAUCAACAAAACCAAAUUGAGGACAUGUCAAAGAAUUUAGAAAAGAAUAGUUCAACCUCACCAGAUUUUGAUAUGACUCGAGUUGUCUCAGCUUUUGGCCAAAUGCUCCAGAUGAAAGAUCAAACUAGUACAGAACAGAAUACAUCUCAGACAGCCACCUUUUCAGCUCUUCAGAACAUUUGUAGUGAAGUUACUAAUCAAAGGAAUCAAGAAUCAAUGAAAAAAGAUCCUGUUGAUGUAUCCAAAAUGGUGGAAGAUCGUGUGUCUCAAGCUGAAACCAGAAUCCUUGAGACUGUUGAUGACCAACUGAAGCGGCUGGAAGAUCGGUUGGGCAGUAAACUGGAUGCUUUAUUAAAUACUAUUUCAGCCAGUAAAACCAACCCAUAGCCUACAUUUGGCCACUACAGAAAUCUUCAGAAGUAUCAAGCUUUGUUUUAAAGCCACACUGCUAUCACCAUCACCUUUGCUAUUACUAAAACCACAGUUACUACUACUACUACUACUAUUACCACCACCAUCAAAGACUCUACAGGUGAUGCUAUGCUCCUUGUUAUGAAGGAAACCACAACUGCCACAAUCAUCACCAUUUCUGCGAUAUUUCGGAUGUACUUCAGUAAUAGUUGGUGUUUCUAUUUGGCCCUUUCUCAAAUGAAAGAUCCUUAAAUUUUUUUAAAAUUUUGCUCUUUUAUCAACUUUGAGUGAAAAAGAGAGAAACAGUGACCAAGCGAUGGAAAAUGAAGCUCCAAAAAAAUAUUCGAAAUAUGAAAGAAUGUGGAGAAAGAAGGAUAUGAGAGAAAAUAUAUUUUAUAAAUGAUAUAGAAGUCAAAUAGAUGGAUAUAUAAAAGUUAUGACUAUAAAAAAAUAAAGGAAAAUAUAAAAAAAGGAAUUGGGGAAAGGGUGCAAAAAAAUUUUUUAAAUGGAUAAAUUAAAAAAAAAACAGGAUAUUUUAAAGAACAUCCAAGAGAAAACAGUGACUAUGAAUUGAACUGAAUUGAAUUAAAGUGUGCUGUUCACCAAACUUCUUUUCCACAUAUAUACAUCUUCACAAAUAUACAUUUACUUAUGCUUUCAUAUAUCUAUACACAUACAUAUUGCCUAAAACCAACAGUAUUUAUAUGCAUGUUCACAUCAAGACACACAAACACUAAUUUGCAUUCACUCUCAUUUUCUCUCUCUCUCUCUCAUGUAUGUAUAUCUGUGUGUAUAUAUGUGUGUGAACCCAUGCUAGCAUGGAAAGCGGACGUUAAACGAUGAUGAUGUAUGCAUACAUAUAUGUGUAUGUAUGUAUAUUAUAUGUGUGUGUAUAUAUUACUAAGAAGUAAAAGGGGCUAAUAAAUCCAGGUAAAUAUCUAUAAUGCA